AUGUGCGAUGUCUGUGGCAGAUGCUACAUGUUUGAGCUUGUGGCUGACGACUUCCGUCGCAUUGUGCGAUACGAAGCGCCACGCAUCGUCUUGCAUGGUGUGCGAGAUAUCACCACCCUCCUCGAGGAAGACCCUGGGGUGUACGCUAGCCAGAAUGGUUGGGAGUGCGCGCGAGAGUUUCCGCAUCUGACAACUCAUGAGGAGAUACUCAGCGCUACCAAGGGCCUCAACCCGUGGCAACAGGCCGGCUUUGUCGUGCGUGAUGCAUUGGGCAAUCGGAUCAAGUACCUCUCGCCCCAGUACAUGGCCUUCUUCUUCGCCAUGGGCUGGCAAAACAAAGGAUUCGGUCCUCUCAAUCUGGGCGGAGAGAACUUCGACUUUGACUGCCUGGUGGAGGUACACCGCUUCGGGGCGGAGCACACCUUCCUCCACUUCUUCCCCAAAUGGGCCGAGCUGAUGGCGCAGGCUGCCGGGGAGUAUGCCGAGCUGGUGGCCCGCUUCGACGCCUACUAUGCCCAAGUUCGCGAGGUGACCGAGCAGCGGGAGCUCGCCCAGCGAGUGAAGGCGCUCGCGCUGCCCAACAAAGCGUGGCCGGCUCUCAUCUUCGAGAUGAAGAAGGAGGACGUCCGUACGGCGCGCACCUUCUUCGCCUUCAUUCCCCGUUCGCGCUUCCUCAAGGUGUGGAAGAGCCACCGCGACCUCUUCCGCAAACCCCGCACGUGA